GGCAAAGCACCGGCAUCCACGGUGUAGCAUUCGCGAUGCCUCAGACUGUACGUCCGCUUUCAGAUUGCAACAUCGCGAGGGAUGGACUCCUCGAGCAAGGUCACCGUCGAGUAUCAUGAUCCUUCUGGAAUCUUCCCCCUCAUCUCGCGCGACCUCUCCUCCCGCCUACCGCUACGAAACCUCAACUGGCGCUCGCAAAACCGACCUCUACGCCAGAUAAAGUCGCUCCACCUCGAUUUCGUGCCCGACAGUCUCACAAAGAAAUCCUUGCAGCCGCCCGGGCCCCAGAACAACUCUGAGCGCAACACCAGCUUCGACAUCGUGGGCAAUGGAGGCGAUCAGCGCAAGACCAAUGCGCGCGAGCGAAGACACCAGAUCCCAGGCCUCCAGACCAGUCCGUACCUGAAGAUCUACAUCUUAAGAUGCGACGACAAAGUGACAUACAAGGAGUCGGAGCGCGCCAAAGUGCGCGAGUGGAUUCGGCAAAGUACGGCGGCGAAGAAGAAAGGCGAACACGAUGCGUUCGAGUACUUGAUUCUGCACGUUAUCAUUCCCGACACCGUAGCCGCCAGUGAGCCUCGUUGGCGCGAGAUCAAGUCCGAAGAGAUUGACGACUUGAAAGAGCGACCGAAGCAGGGCGCCAAAUGGCCGGGGAAGAGCUCCAGGACCGUCUUCGAUAAGCUCAGGGCCGACUUCAACGAGUCGGGCAAGAAUGCGAAAGAUCGGAUCGCUCAGAUCAGGUUGCCAAAGGAAAACUUCCCGGCCGAUCUCCUGCCCACCCCAGGCAUCUCCUCAACACUCAAGGAGACGGCGGAAGAGCGCGAGAAAGCUUGGAUUGACUUGAUCGGCAAAAUUCGCACACUCAUACUCGACCCCUUUGAUCAGCGAGUGAGGCAAUAUGAGGCCGAUAUCACCGAACAAGAAUCGAGGCGGUCAAUGCCUGGGUUCAACUUCUGCACCUUCUUCAUCUACAAGGAAGGCCUGGCGAAAGCUUUGGAGAGCAUCGGGCUCAUCGAGGAUGCGUUGGUCAUCUACGACGAACUAGCCGUCGGCCUCGAACUGGUCCUUCGAGACAUCGCGUCAGGAAGGGCGGAAGGCACUGCUACGACCUUCGCACCCUACACGGACGAUAUCAAAGAGCGACUGACUGGAGCGAGCAGACCAGUAACGAAUGGCACUGAGCCAGAGGGCCUCGAUGGCACGAUUACGAUCAGCGAGACCAUCGAAGACGACUACCGCGAGAAGAUUGUGCGAAGCAGCAUCUCCGUCUUCGAUUUCUACAUCUACCUCUUCUCGCGUCAGAAAACCAUCAUUCUGCGACUGGCAAACGCCAAGGCCGCGCGGAUACAGCUCGGCCUCUCUCCUAAAGGCGGCAGCGAGGAUCUGAUCUUGAUCUCCGAGGUCUGUUGGCGCGCUGCAAGCUUCAUUCACAACAAUGCGCGCAUCCUGAGGGCCGACCUAUUGAUGUGUAGAGACUUUGAGACCACGAUGAAACUCUCGGACGCAGAUGUGGAGAGUCUCGUGUAUCUGUGGAUGUAUGAAGCGGCGGGAAAGGUGCUUCAGGAGACAGCAUCAUUCGCCCUGGAGAACCUGCCGGAAUUGGGCAGUGGCAAUCACCCGACUAAUGGGCACUUGAAGAGCCCCACAUCCGGUCUGCGUGUGCCUGGCGGUCUCAGUGCUUAUCCCAGCCGCACGAGCAGUCUUCGCACCAACAGUCUUCCUCCACGGAAUUCACGACUCGCCGAGCUACGGAAUCGGCCGUCGUUGCAAUCGGCUUCGGAGACUGAUCUGAUGGCCCGGCCUCCAAGUUCUGGAUCCGAGGAUGCGACAUUUGCAGACACACAGCCUGGUUUUGCCGAGCUCGUAAGCUACCGCGCAUCCCUGAUUAUGAUGCAAAGAAAGGCUCUCGAGCUGCUCGCGCAACAAAGAGGAUGGCAAACUGGAUGGACGACUAUUAAGCGGAGUGCUCGUCUACAGAUGAGUGAAGUUGCGCUCAACGACACCAUCAAGGAGCAAGUCAACGGCCAUGGUCAAGAUCACACGGCAGGGUCGAGCUUGCUUAGUCCAGGGUUGGAAUCAGCAUUAUCAUCUGAGGCAGCCUUUCACGAAACCUACGAGCGUCUCAGCGAGGAUGCAAUGCGCUACCACAUCACCGCCACGCAAGCCAAAUCCGCCGAAGCAGUCGUUGGCGACCUGGCCAUCCUCAAAUACCAUCAAGGCAACUACGAGGCUGCCGUAUCCUACUUUCAGCACGUCCUGCCGCUGUACACAGACGGCGGAUGGAAUCUUAUGGAAAUCGAGGCGCUGAGCAUCUACGCGACGUGUCUCAAGGAGCUUGGCAAGCGUGAAGAGUACGUGAGGACUUCACUACUGUUGCUUGGGAAGGUGUGCGCGAAGAACCGAACCAAAGCUACGCGGUGGACGAAGCCGGAUGUUGAUGACGAAACGUCCAGCAAGUUUGUCGGCCUCAUGGACACGCUUGUUGUUGCAUCGAGACAAUUCGAUUUGGAGGUUGUGGCUCCAGCUGAGCAGUUCGUCAACCGUGUCCGAUUGGAUCGAGCUAUCCAACUUCAUGACGACUGCGACGGCUUUUCGGUGCCACUGACGCUCAAUUCCCUGCUGGCAGAGUCAUUGCAGCUCGACCGCGUCAGCGCGCGACUGGCGAGCGUGGCAGAUCCAAACCAGACCAUUGAUCUUGCCGUCACCGGUCCCGUGCACAUGCGAGGAGGGUCGAACGAGUUCCUCCUCGAAAGCGUCGCGGUAGCCUUCGGUGCAUACCGCGUCGACCGGCUACUUUUUGAGGCGGGAAGGAUUCGAUUCGAACACGACUUCUCUCAGAACCAAGGCGAGCCUGGCGCACAGAGUGACAUUCUUGAGAUGCCUGACGACCCCCACCAAAAUCGCAUCUUCCUAUAUCCGGCGCAGGAAGCAUUCAAAGCGGAGUUGUCAUUACAAUCAGAUAUCCAGCUCGAGGCAACACGGUGGGUGGAGGUCCGCCUGAACAGCGGACGGAAUCACAUCGAUGCCCUCGAUCUGAGACUUAAGCCUGCUUCCGCCGGACUACGACUACGGCUCGCCGAUGCUGUCUACGGCAAUGUCGACGCACGCGAGGAGGAAGCGUCGACCCCGGGCCAACUGGCUCUCGCAGCACUUCCGCCUCACACGUCAGCCGUGGUGCAGGUGCCGUAUUCUUUUGAGCAACCCGCGGACCGGGAUAUCCUGAUCCGCUUCACGGCCUCCUACCGCACCUCUCAGGGAGCCUUCACGUUCGUUGAGUCGUUCAGACUUCCCACAAAACUACCCUUGAGUGUCGACGUGCACGACAACUUCCAAUUCGAUGCGCUCGUAUCGGGCUUCACUAUCCGCACGACAACGACGUCGCCGCUUUGCGUCACGCACGCCGCGCUGCAGUCCUCGUCCGCGUAUGAAGUCAGCGGGCCGCCCGCGAUUUCCAUUCCCAUGCCUGUGUUCGAAGGCGAGCCUGCCAAGUUGGCCUACAAAGUUAUACGUCGCGAGGUACCGAAUGACAGUUUCAAGGGCGGCAAUCGGAAGGACUCACUGGCUCUGGAUGUGACCUAUCAUCUGGUAGAUGAAGCGUUGCACACUACCGUUCUGGCGAGAUUUCAAGACGCCGUGGCCAACAGUCCCUUUGCCCACCUGUCGCGACUGCUGACUUCGGUGAUGACGCUCAACGCCAAGAAGCACUGGACCCCUGCAGACACGCAAAUGGCCCUUCUCGUCCACGAGAGCAGCAUCCCGAGCUUCAACGACAUCGGCUGGGAAGAGAUCAUCCCCUGCCUACCGAGCGAAGUGCGGCACGACAUCACCACAUGGCUGAAAGACUGGCACGCCCACAAUACGCGCAUCGCUUUCGGCCCGGAGACGGGAAGCGUAGGCUGCGUGCGCUCCAUCUCCAUCGCUGUCGACGUGCCUAGCGUCGACGUUGUGCAUAGAGUCUCACUUGCGUUGGUCGAGCAGCCGCGGCAGAUUAAACACUACCCGCCCAUUCUUCCUGUGGGCCAGCCGAUCCACGCGCAGCUGCGAAUCGCGAGCACGGGAAUCUGGGGUCGGCGCGGCGAUGGUGCGAGAAGCGGUUCGAGCAAGAAAAUCCUGCCGAAGAACUUCCACUACGAACUCCUCGCCGAUCCUGACGCCUGGCUUGUCGGAGGGCAGCGCAGAGGCCACUUCGUCUUCCAAGAAGGACGAGAGACGCUCGUCGAGCUUGUUCUGAUCCCACUGCGACUCGGAUUUCUUUCCCUUCCGUCCAUAGAUGUGCAGCCCGAGGCGCCGGAACAGCAGGGGACCGAAGGGGCGAGAGAGGACGGGCGGGGGCCCGGUGAUGCUGCAGCUACCAUCACGACGGAAACGCACUACGAAAGUCGCGCGGAGGUUGUGCAGGUUUUCCGCAACGAGAAGACGACGCGAGUGGACAUUCCGGAGACGGCGAAGGCGAUGACGACGACGACGACGACGAGGCCGGUGUCGAGGCUGGGCUCCGCGGGGACAAAGGGGAGCGAGGCUGCUUGAUGAGAUCGAUUUGGCGAUGGUGUUGGGCCUUUUCUUCUAUGACUUAUGACGAUUGCAUCCAGAGUCAC